ACAGAACCAACGUAAAUGUAACGAUCGUACAAUACCAGCUUUCGGUUUCAAAUGGCGGAUUCAACGAGCUUUCGCUCCAGAAAGCAAACAAACACGUCUCCCCCUUGUUAUAAUUCCCCCAACAACUCUCUUUCUCUCUCCAAAGCACCCUCUCUCUCUCUCUCUCUCUCUCUCCCUUCUCCUAACACGAGACCCAACGACCCAUCCAAGAAAAAUGAACAAAGACUAAAAAAAUUACAAAACCAGAACACGCACAGUCUGAUCUCUUCUCAACCCAUCAACCCAUCUCAUCUAAUUUCAGACCAGACUUCUCUGGUUCAAAAGAAUCUGCAUAUAUAAAUAACUUUGAAUAAAUCUGCCUGUCUUUAUCGCUGAUUCUCUCUGUGUUUCUCUGACUCUGUUUCUCUCUCUUCUCCUUGUCUCAUCUCUGAAAUGGAGGAUAGACGGAACCAGGGAAGCUCAGAGAUAUCAACGGUCAGAUUUUCGAUUUGUUUUGCUGGGUUUUCUAAUUUAAUUAGUCAUUAUUAAUCUCAUCUCUUUCUAAAUUUAGAAUUAAUUUUCUUCUUAAGUUUCUCCUCCUGCUCUUGUCUCUCUGAGCAAAUCCUGCUUCUACGGUUUCUAUUCCCGUAAAUAUCGGUUUUUUUAUUCGUGCCACACUGCCACAGUCGUUUUGCUCUUCUGUAAUGGCUUCUCUCGAGAUCUUCUUUGGAUCUGGUGUCUGCACCUUCUGGCUUCUCAUUCAUUCGGACAGGCACGGACACGGAGAUGAUCAGUUCAAUUGAUGUUUUGUGAGUAGUGAAGACUGAGGGAGAAGAAAAAGAAGGUCGGUUUGGGGUUUUGUGUUCUUCUUCUGGUCCAUGCUGUUGCAGUUGAUAUGGGCUGUAGAGGGUCCAAAUUAGACGACUCCGAGUUGGUGAUUCUGUGUAGAAAGAGGAGGGAUCUCAUCAGAGCUGCCGUGGAUCAACGCUACGCCUUCGCUUCUGCGCACGUCUCCUACUUUCGAUCUCUGCAGGACGUCGGUGAGGCUCUCUGUCGAUUCGUCGACGAAGAACUCGUCAUCAGUGCUUCUUCUCCUCCGCCUUCUCCGGUCCUCACGCUGCCCUCCGACGAAGGCAAGGGGAAGAGAAAGAAGAAAGUUACCAAUAAUUCUAUUAAUUCCAUUUCGCAAACUUCUUUCUCCCACCUUCAUUUGCUGGAGGAGGAUUCCCACCUGCAUUUGCCGUCAAGCAGUGCUGCUUCUGAUUCGGAUUCCUUGGAGCAUAGAGUUGAGGGUAGCCCGGAAAAGCCCGUGUCCUCUUCUUUCUCGCCUGCAACUGAUACGGCCUCCACCGAAGUGAAUUCUUCAUAUUCGUACCAGAUGAACUACAUGAAGCGGUUACCCACUGCAUUUCCCUCUGUAUAUUACCAGGAGCCACAAAUGUCGCCCGCAACAACUCAGUGGUCUGAUCCGUCCUACUCCUCUUACUCUGGGUAUCCUCAGUAUCAGAUGGGGGGUGGAUUCUCUGGCUUUCCGAUGAAUCCGCCUUCGAAUGAUCCUUACUACAGUAGACCACAGACUCCUCCGGCUGUUCCUCCUGAGCCUCCAGCGCCGCCGGAUGUCUCCACUUGGGACUUCCUCAAUCCCUUUGGUUCGUUCGGCGGUGGUUAUCCGGGGUAUUAUUACCGCGGGAAAUAUGCGUAUGGGUCCACUAUUAGUAGUUCUGAUUCAAUGGAAGUCAGGAAGAGAGAGGGAAUUCCUGAUUUGGAAGAUGAAACCGAGCAAGAAUCGGUGAAAGGAGCACCGGAAGGGAAACAAUUGGGGGAAGAUAACAAGAAAAAUUCAGGCGAGGGGACUUCAAAGGUAGCACAAUCACAAUCACAAUAUGAUGACAGCGUCAGUUCAGUUCAGGACAAAGAGAUUAGGAGCAUCUCUGAGACGCUGGCAUCAAAAACUACAAAGGAGUCUGCGAGAAAGAAAGGGGUGAAUUUUGAGCUAGGAACGACCCAGGAUGCCCAAUCCUCAAAGCCGAGCAACUUGAGCACAGUAGUAUCUCCCCAAGGAACGAGGGACCUUGAGGAAGUCGUGAAGGAAAUCAAGGAUGAAUUUGCAGCUGCUUCUGAUUAUGGGAAAGAGGUUUCCGUGAUGCUUGAGGUCGACAAACUGCGUUAUAAGCCAAAGGGUGCCAUACUUAAAGUGAUCUCUUCCAGGAUUCUAGAUUUCAUUCCUCUUCCCAUAUUGGCAUCCUCUCAAUCUCCAUCCAAACAGCUGCAUCGAGCUGUUCCUAGCACAGUAAGAACAGACAAGGCCAGCAGUGGGGGUUCUGACACCAUUGAUGUUCAAUCUGGAAGUCUUUCUUCAACUUUAGAGAAGCUUUAUGCAUGGGAGAAGAAACUUUAUAAGGAAGUUAAGGAUGAAGAAAGACUUCGAGUUAUCUAUCAAGAGAAGUGCAAGAGGCUGAAAUUUUUGGAUGAAAAUGGUGUGGAGUCCAAUAAGAUUGAUGCAGCUCAAGCUUUGAUUGGGAAGUUGCUCACAAAAAUUGAUGUUUCUAUCAGAGCUAUAGAUGUUAUUUCAAGCAGAAUACACAAGUUACGAGAUGAGGAAUUGCAACCUCAACUCACAGAAUUGAUUCAAGGGUUGAUGAGAAUGUGGAAUUCCCUGCUAGAGUCCCAUCAGAAGCAAUUAAAAGCUAUCAAAGAAAGUAAAAGCCAUACUCUAAUGGCAAACACUGGUGUCCAAAAAGAUGCAAGCUUGAGGGCUACAUUAGAACUGGAGUUGCAGCUCCUUAAUUGGUCUUCUUGCUUUUACUCUUGGAUCAAUGCACAGAAAGCCUAUAUUGAGUUGCUGAAUGGGUGGCUUAAACAUUAUCUGGUUGACAUUCCAGAAGAAACUGCCGAUGGACCAAUUCCCUUCUCCCCAGGAAGAGCAGGGGCUCCCCCUGCAUUUGUUAUCUGCAAUGAUUGGCAUGAUAUUGUGGAAAUUUCAGAGACUAAGGUGGCAGACAAGAUGCGUGUCUUUGCCUCAAGCUUGCAGCAGCUAUUGCAGAAGCAAGAUGAAGAGCAACAGCAGAGACUAAAAGCUGCCUACCUCUCAAAGGAUUUUGAGAAACGCCUGAGAUCUCUACGUAAGGAAGAAAACAGAAUGCAAAGGGGUCAAGAUGCAUUGUCAGACAAGACAGCUGUCUCAGUGGUUAAUACUGAAAGUGGAGUCUCCCCACUGGAUGAUCUCAAGGUAGAUUUGGAUUCCAUAAGAAAAAGAUUGGAAGAAGAGAGAGCCAGACAUAAUGAAACCAUUAAGCAAGUCCAAAAGGCUGCUUCCAAUAGUUUACAGUCAGGUCUGCUCCCAAUCUUUGAGGCCCUGGAAAGAUUUUCCUCAGACACCCUGGAAGCAUAUAAACGGAUCAGAAUCCAGAAUGCUGGAGGAGGCACAUAAAUAGGCAAAUAUGGCCUUUCAUGUUUCAACCCUGAUAAGGUUCCUGGAAAAAGGAACUCAACUUCAGUGGCCAGAGGUGGUAGUGGGCCACAAGGGCAGGGAUUGUUACAAUCACAAUGGACAUCGUAGAGAGCAAUUUUGAAAAGAUACAUAAACAUCACGGAUUGGGAAAUGCAUGCAUAACCAGUUAUUGGACAGGCAUUGGCUUGAUGAUUACUUCGUCCAAAACUUUGGCUCUUGCAGAAUACCCCAUAGUAGUUAGGCGGGAUCUGUACAGAAAUUCAUUUAUUGGUUUAUUGGUUGACCAACUCGUCAAAUGGACUGGUGGUUCCUUGGACUAAGAGGAUGAUUUACAUGAAGGUAUCAAAAAUUUGAAUGAUCUUUGUAAUGGUAAAGAGGAAAUUGUGUUGCUCAGAAGGAGAAAUUUUGGGCAGGAAAACUGUUGGUUUGAUUUGCUGAAAUCAUCUCUGAAGUAAUUUUAUUUGACUUCCUCCUUGUUACCUUCUGUUCAUUUGGUCUAGAAUGGAUGAAAAUUUUCCGUUUUCUUCA